AUGAGUCAUGUUGUUCAGGCGACUUCCAUUAGCACACCCAGUAGUCACUUUUGCUCCCGUCUUUUUUACUACACUUGCCGACACAACCAGCCCUGCAAUUCUGACUCCUCCGCCACUGUUGUCGUGUCUUCGCCCAGCAUAGGACCCCAGACUGGAUGCCACCCGACUCGACAGUGUCGUAGUGAUGGCUUCAAUGCUCACCCCUUCCUGACACUUCGGGACGACCCAACGCUUACAGGCUGGCAGAAGAUGCAGUCGAGGUGGACUGUUCGAGGUCCGCGAACCGAUGACUCGUCAGAACAGUUGAGUCACGCUGCAGGAGGCGUACUCGGCAGGCGGGCGUGGGCGAAACGCGUCCUCAUCGUCCCAGAGAGUUCGGGUGUUCUUCAGACGCUCCGCCACCGGUUCUCGAGUCCUGCGCCCGUGUGUUGCUGCACGACCGGCGAACGAUACGGCCAGCACGAGCAGCCGUCUUCACCGGCUCCCUCCAGCCCUGGGCGGCUGAAGACAUCCCGCCUGGACAGACCCGGAGGCAAGGCGACGAAUCGAAUAAGUCGUGAGGUCAAGCCGCGGCUGCGACCAAACCGAGGGCCACGCCGUCCUGUCUGGCACGCUAAAAGGCGGCUCGACCUUCGUGCAGAAGGCGUUCUCACCUCCUCUGAAUUGAAGUCUUCAGCCCGUCCAUCGGCUCUGCAAGUCGCCCGGCAACCGGUCGUCGUCAGCCUGGCGGGUGUCGGUUACCAGGCCGUCGCAGCAAGGAUUGAGCAAACCUUUGCACAGGGUGGUGGUGCCUCCGAAGACCGGGACGGGGAACGGGGGCAGGAGGAGUCCUUCGGAAGGAGGGGACGGCCUCGGGAGGGGCCCUGCUUGCGAAGGGGAGUGCAGAGAGCUGAGCCAAAGUGGCGAGUUUUGAGACGGCCCGCCGGAGCCGGACGGCGAGGCCUCAGUGCUGAGGGGCAAGCGAAAGGCGGCCACAGCUCAAGCCACGAAGCAGAGGCGGACCGAACAGGCGAUUGGACGCGACAGACGCGACAGACGCGCUCGCCUCAGCAAGUGAAGCCUGAGCCGGCAAUGCUGCCCCACUCGGCCCGAGUGCAUCCGCCUGCCUCCCCGAUUGGCUUCUCGCCGUCAUUACGACUGCCUGCUCUCGCGCUAGCACGCGCACAAGUCUCCCCUUCCUGUCCGCCGGCCUGUCUGUCUGCCUGCCACAUCAACAGCGGCAGCAGCAGCAGCAGCAGCACACGGGCUGGCUGA